AUGUUAGGACAGGACGUGUACCAGUCCAUCACGUCGACGACCCCUUCCGAGCACCAGUCUCGACGACUAGCCAGCUUCCCAGACACCGAGCCCACGGGUGAAGCCAAUACGCUUGUCCGCCAGCUCAGCAACACGUCCGACGACAGUACAUCGUCGCGACGGCCCUCGACUCCUCGCUCGCGAACUGACCCGUCACUUGAGACUAUGUCCACAUACCUCUCACAGCCGCGCAGCCAGCCCACCUUCGCGCGGCCUCAUCUGCGCUCCCAGAGCAGUUCUGGAUUCCUCAACGCGCCCCCCAUGAUGCGCGCCCAUUCACUACCCACCAUCAUGCACACAGUCGGACAUCUUUCGCUCUCACCCUCGCCUUCGCUCUCGCCCAUGCCGUUUGCCCGACCUUCGUCUCCAUUGCGGUCACCCAAACGGACGCGAAGUCCACGGGGAUCCGAGACUCGACCUACCAUAUCGAGCACUCCAGAGCGAUAUGGCAUUGGCAUUCGUUCAACCUCGAUCAGUUCUUUCGAAGGUGCGCCCAGUGUGUGUGACAUAUCCGAGGACGCUGAGCUAGAGCUCACUCCCAGAGCCGGCUCAGGAGUGUCAAGCUUAUACAGCAGCACGGGUUCACUGUCGAGGCGACGACGGCCAGCGUCGCCUCUCCACCAGAUGUCAAUGCCCCUUGGCGGACCACUCACAAGCGCCCCUGUCGUUGGCACACCGACGUCUACAGCCUCCUCACCGCUCCUUGCGCCAUCCAAGUUCAACGAGCACUACCCCUGGUCGCUGGCUUCGUCGUCCGUCCCGUCGACACCGACUUCAAUGCGAUCUCGCAGUCCAUCCAUCUCGUCCUUGGAGACGAUCGAAGAUAGUCCUGAUGCCGAAGAACAGGCUAUAGAAGCAGAACGAAUUGCCAAAUUGAAAGCGGCAGCUGACCAGGAGGAUGGUGGAGAGCCCAGGCGAUCCAGCUUGGAUGUGCCAGAAGGCCGUGGCCGCAACUUUGGCUUCGGCAAGAGAGACUCCAGGAAGAGAUGGAGUGUCUGCGGUGCUGAGAGGCGCGUCGACUUGAGCUUGGACACUGUCUGGGAGGACUGA